AUGUUACCGGGGAGACCUCCUCUUUACUAUCAUAGUGUCCAUUUAACUAUAAUUUAAACAUAGUUUGCGCAAGAGCGGCCUAAACAUGCCAUGUCGAAGAUCACUAAAUCAUACCAUCCCAAGAGUAUGUGCAUAUUAUGAUCGAGAGGAUUAAACCUGCGACCGGAGCUUAGUUUGUGAUGUUAGCCGGCUCCUAGCACAAGCCACAACAGAGCCAUGAUGUCCAGAAGGAGAAGAAGAAUCAAGCCUGUAGAUGAUGCAAUGACAUAUAUUCUGUCUUGCACUGACAAGUCUGGAUUUAUGUCAAGACUCGUCGACAGUUACAAAGGAAGAGGAGUGUUUGCCAUGCAGCCCAUUGAACCAGGGGACUUUGUACAUCAGAUGUUCCACAAGGAAUCAAAGCCAGAUGAGACUCAACCACAGGUGACAGACCCUCAGACUCCUGCAGUAGAGACAGAGACCAGCCCUGUACAUCAGAUGCUCCACAAGGAAUCAAAGCCAGAUGAGACUCAACCACAGGUGACAGACCCUCAGACUCCUGCAGUAGAGACAGAGACCAGCCCUGCACAUCAGAUGCUCCACAAGGAAUCAAAGCCAGAUGAGACUCAACCACAGGUGACAGACCCUCAGACUCCUGCAGUAGAGACAGAGACCAGCCCUGUACAUCAGAUGCUCCACAAGGAAUCAAAGCCAGAUGAGACUCAACCACAGGUUUUUACUGUCCAAGGGUUUUCGCUCGUUGAUUAUUCAGAAAGUGAUGAAACUGAUGAGGACUUUAUGGAGAACAAAAGUCCCACUCCACACCGUGAUGUUCUCAGGAAGAUAACAGAAAACACUCUGAUGGAUAGUGGACCAGAGGUUUCUAAUCAUUCGUACGGUUCAGAAAGUGUUGUGAACGAAACCUGCGAUGAGGCUUCUCCAAGCAACCAUUCCAACGAGCAAUCAGAUAAUGUACUUGUUCCAUCACUGAGACGCACAAAAAGUCUCAUGUGGGAUAGAGUACAAGAUUUUGCUGGGUGUCUAUACGAUUCAGAUGACGGCAGCACAGAGGGCACUUCCAUUUCUAAGCCUGAAAGGGAUUCACCGAGGCUGAGAAGAAGCUCUUGCCACCCUACGUCAGUCUACCAGGAGAACAGAGGUCAGAAGAUGAGGAGAGCAUGUCAUCCCUGCAAGAAUGUACCUCCACAUCACAUGUCCAAAGCCAGGCAGCGUCUUCAACAGAUGUCAGUAUGCCAGAACAACAGUGGUCAGAAGAUGAGGUCAGCAUGUCAUCCCUGCAAGGAUGUACCUCCACAUCACAAGUCCAAAAAAAGAGUGUGUCCGCAAGAAAGAGAGGUAAGCAAGCUGCUGUACAGCGUUGGACAACCGAGGAGAUUGCUGCAGUAGAAAAACAUCUGAAGAAGUUCAUUGUGAGGCAAGAUGAUCCAGGUAAAGCGACUUGUGAGCGCUGCAUUUCUGUAGUACCGCAAGCGCUGCAAAAAACAGACUGGAAAGCAGUCAAGUAUUUAAUCAAAAAUAGAAUAACUGCCAUGAGAAGAAAAUUGUAAUGAAAGCAGUUCACUGAUCGGGAGUAUGGAGACAUGUUUUCAGUUUGCCCUCCAACACUUUUUUGUUCAAGGUCUGUUUUGUUGUAUUGUUUCCACCUGUCUCUAUAACGCAUUAUAAAUAUAUUUAUAAUGACCUUAUAGCACUGUACACAUAUAGUUAUAAACACUCAUCAAUUAUUAUAAUGCUUUAUAACAAUCAUAACAGUUAUUAUUGUUAUAUAGCAUUAAGAUCAUUUAUGAGUGUUUCUAUAGUUAUACAGUGCUAUAACCUCGUUAUAAAUAUUUUUAUAAUGACGUUAUAGAGAUACGCGUUAAACAAAGUGUUACUCAAAGGGUUACCACUUUUUUUGUUUUGUGUAAAGUGCAGUCUGAUCAUUGACCUGUUGGCAAAAUAAAUACAUGCUCCUCAGGA